ACUCGUACCCUGCAAAACCCCUUCACUAUCUUUCUCCUUUUGCUCUUUCAAAGACGUAGCUCAGAGCUCUAUUUUGGCCGUCGAUGGCGGCCUCGGAGACUUCCACGGGGACCACUUUAAGAAACGCUUUCGGAAAUGUUUUCUCUGUCUUCAUCCUCAUCUUGAUCGGUGUUCUGGCAUUCUCGAUCCGACUCUUCUCUGUCAUAAAGUACGAGAGUGUAAUUCACGAGUUCGAUCCUUAUUUCAAUUACAGAGUCACACAGUUUCUGACAAAGAGUGGAAUUUAUGACUUCUGGAACUGGUUUGAUGAUCGAACAUGGUAUCCUCUUGGUCGUGUGAUUGGUGGAACAGUUUACCCAGGAUUGACCUUGACAGCAGGAACUAUUUGGUGGUUUUUGAAUUCAUUAAACAUUCCACUGACUGUUGAAACUGUUUGUGUAUUUACUGCGCCCAUAUUUUCUGCUUUUGCUUCCUGGGCAACUUUUCUUCUCACUAAGGAAGUUAAAGGUACUGGUGCUGGACUGACUGCUGCAGCUCUUUUGGCAAUGGUUCCAUCAUACAUAUCUCGUUCUGUAGCUGGAAGCUAUGACAAUGAAGCUGUGGCCAUAUUUGCUUUGAUUUUCACUUUCUAUCUUUAUAUAAAGACACUGAAUACAGGAUCUCUCUUUUAUGCUACAUUAAACGCCAUAGCAUACUUUUACAUGGUUUGCUCUUGGGGAGGCUACACCUUUAUAAUUAAUCUUAUUCCAAUGCAUGUUCUUCUUUGCAUUGUAACUGGUCGCUACUCAUCCCGCUUGUACAUUGCUUAUGCUCCCCUUGUUGUCUUGGGAACACUACUAGCUGCUUUGGUGCCUGUAGUUGGAUUUAAUGCAGUCAUGACAUCAGAACAUUUUGCAUCCUUCUUGGUUUUCAUUAUUAUCCAUGUGGUGGCUCUUGUUUAUUAUAUUAAAGGUCUUCUGUCUGCAAAAAUGUUCAAAGUAGCUGUCACACUCAUUCUGUCUCUUGGCCUGGUACUCUGUUUUGCUGUAGUAGCAAUACUUGUAGCUCUGGUAGCUUCUAGCCCGACGAAAGGAUGGAGUGGAAGAAGUCUUAGUCUACUUGAUCCAACGUAUGCAAGCAAGUACAUACCAAUUAUUGCUAGUGUCAGUGAGCAUCAACCACCAACUUGGCCUUCUUACUUUAUGGAUAUUAAUGUUUUAGCAUUCUUGGUUCCUGCUGGGAUUGUUGCAUGCUUUUCACCUCUAUCUGAUGCAAGCUCUUUUGUGAUCCUCUAUAUAGUAACAUCGGUUUACUUUUCUGGAGUCAUGGUGCGCCUUAUGCUAGUAUUUGCCCCAGCAGCUUGCAUCUUGUCUGGGAUUGCUCUCUCUGAAGCUUUUGAAGUUUUUACACGAUCAAUAAAGUUCCAGUUGCCUGGGUCAUCAAUAAAACCCCAAGUUGAUGCAGGGGAGACGAGCUCUGUUAGUGUCAUACCAGAGAACAAUGUGGCAAAGACUGAUAAAACUGAAGAUACAAUAAAGGAACGACCAUCAAGAAAGCACAGGAAGAAAGAUAAAGAACCUGUGGCUUCUGUGGAAAAGCCAUCUAUCAAGUCUAAAAUUGAGAAGAGGCUUCUGGUUUUACCUUUUGAGGCAUCUAUUGUAGCGAUUUUCUUGCUUGUUUUGCUUGGUGCCUUCUAUGUGGUUCAUUGUGUCUGGGCAGCAGCAGAAGCUUAUUCAGCCCCAUCAAUUGUUCUAACAUCUCAUUCCCAUGAUGGUCUUCAUGUUUUCGAUGAUUUUAGAGAGGCUUAUGCAUGGCUAAGCCACAACACUGAGGUGGAUGACAAAGUUGCAUCUUGGUGGGAUUAUGGGUACCAGACUACUGCAAUGGCUAACCGCACAGUCAUUGUUGACAAUAAUACCUGGAAUAACACACAUAUUGCAACUGUUGGUACUGCCAUGUCUUCUCCUGAAAAGGCAGCUUGGGAAAUCUUUAACUCUUUGGAUGUAAAAUAUGUUCUUGUGGUUUUUGGAGGUCUUGUUGGCUACCCCAGUGAUGACAUCAAUAAGUUCCUGUGGAUGGUUCGUAUAGGUGGGGGUGUCUUCCCUCACAUCAAGGAGCCUGAUUAUCUAAGAGAUGGUCAGUAUCGUAUUGAUUCUCAAGCCACUCCAACUAUGCUAAAUUCGCUCAUGUACAAACUAUCAUAUUACAGGUUUGUGGAGACAGAUGGUAAGGGCUUUGAUAGAGUGAGGCGAACAGAGAUUGGAAAGAAGUAUUUCAAACUUACUCAUUUUGAAGAGGUCUUCACUACUCACCAUUGGAUGGUGCGGUUAUACAAAUUAAAACCUCCAAAGAACAGGAUUCGUGGAAAGACAAAGAAGUCUAAAUCGAAAUCUACGGGAACAACUCCUAAAAGAAGCUCUAACAGAGCUGGAAAGAAGAAUCCUUGGCAAUGAAAAUGGACUAGUGUCCUCACAAAGACCAAAAUUCGAAGUUCUGGUCACAUGUAAUUCUUUACUUAUAAGCGAGAGAGCCGUUUAGAGAGAUUGUGGAGGUGUAGUGGUUAAUUUUGUACGGUAAUGCUAAUUGUACCCUCUUUUUGACAGCGUUGGGAUCAAAGAAAAAGAAAGAGAAAACGUUUUUUUUUU